AUGGUGAGUCUUGACAUAGAAAAAGCUUACGAUACUGCCUGGAGACCUCAUAUCAUAUCAAAACUCCAAAAAAUUCUUUGCCAAGGUAACAUGCUUAAGUUUAUCACAAACUUCCUUUCCAACAGAACCUUUCAAGUCAAAGUUAACAAUGUGCUGUCUGAGACGUUUGAUCAACAAAACGGUGUCCCACAGGGGUCAACUUUGUCGGUUACGCUUUUUCUCAUCUCUAUUAACGACAUUACGAAAUUAAUAACCAAUCCCGUCAAGUGUACACUGUAUGCUGACGACUUUAAUAUUUUUUGUCGUAGUAAUGAACUUUUUACCGUGCAAUCACUAUUGCAAAAAUCAUUAAAUGACCUUCACAAAUGGUCUCAAAAAUCUGGUUUCAAAUUUUCUGCAGGCAAGUCCCAAUGCAUAACAUUUACACGAAAAAAAAAAGAAAAGAAAUUAAUUCUCAUCAUGAACAGUAAUCAAACUCCUAACCAUAACACUGCUAAAGUCCUUGGAAUAAUUUUUGACUCAAAAAACUCAUGGAUCCCACACAUUAAAAAUAUUAAAAAAAAUUGCGCAUCUAGUAUUAACAUAAUGAAAAUGCUAGCUCAUACCAGUUGGGGGGCCUCCUUUUCCACGUUAACAACUAUACACAAAUCACUAAUUUUAUCUAAACUUGAAUACAAUUCGUUCCUGUUUAUAAACGGCAACAAAAAUGCGUUAAGAAUAUUAGACACAAUCCAUAACGCAGCAGCAAGACUGGCAACUGGAGCUUUUCGGUCCAGUCCCAUUACAAGCCUACUUAAUAUAUCCAAUGUGAUGCCCCUGCAUAUUAAACGCCAGGAAAACGUCAUGAUGCUGGCCAUACAACUUGCUAGAAACAAUAUGGUAUCAUCUGUACAAUCAUGCCCGUCCAUACAAGCAAUUGUAGACGAAAAUAAUCUGAACCUCAAAGACAUUAUUAUCUCCCAAACGCCCUUCUUUCCUCCAUGGACCUCGAUCUCUAAUAUGAUAGACACAAGUCUUACCAGUCUGCCCAAAAACACAACCAGCUCACAAAUUUAUGUUCAAGAAUUCAAAAACAUCUUAGAUCAGUACUCCAAUUUUAUAAAAAUUUACACCGACGCAUCCAAAACUGAAAGCAACGUGGGAAUCGCUAUCAUAUACAAUGACGUAGAAGAAAUAACAUGCAAACUUUCAGUAGAAUGCUCCAUAUACACCGCUGAAGCAAUUGCUAUUCUUAAAGCCCUUGAAUAUUCACUAGAAAAACAAAAUAAUAACUUUGUCAUCCUAAGCGACUCCCUAAGCUCUAUAAUAAGUAUUGCCGACACUCACAAACCUAAUGAUAUAUCAAAGAAGAUUCAGCUUGCUAUCUCUGCCCACCACGUCAAAGUAAAUCUAGUAAAAUUAAUGUGGGUUCCAGGACACUCAUCAAUAAAAGGCAACGAAAAAGCUGACAUGCUCGCUAAAAAAAUAGCAUUAACAACCCCUAACGGCAUUAUUACAAACAUCUCUGCUCACGAUGCUAAAUGCACAAUAAAACUCAUAUCAGCAAAAUCCUGGCAAAACCUAUGGUCCACACAGAGAACUAAACUUAAUGAGAUAAAGCAAUCAACCCUACAUUGGCCAAACAACCACCCAAAUCGGAAAAUAGAAUCCAGCAUCAAUAGACUCCGAAUAGGCCACACCAAACUCACUCAUGGUUACCUAAUGUCUCGUGAGGAACCCCCUAUAUGCUCAUCCUGUGGCGUCAAGUUAACGAUCAAACACAUCAUGACCGAGUGUAACACAUACCGCGAUGCAAGGGAACACAACCAACUUCCGGAAGACAUAUUUGAAAGCCUCGGACCUAACCUACCAGUCUCCAAUAUAUUAGCCUUCCUUCAACAAUCUGGUUUGCUCAAACUAAUCUAA